CAGAUCUCCAUGCCAUCUUGCAGCAAACCUGUACCUGACGUCCCUUCUGGCCCCUCUUGGGCAAACAAUAUCAUCACCACUCCUUGAUUGAACCCAAUGCUCUUGUAAUAUUUCUAUAAAUGCUCGCUCUCCCGCCCGUUGAUGAACUGAGUUAUACUCGCAUCAUCAUCACCAUCACCACACUAUCACUACAUUCACCAACACAUACACAACUACAUCUGCUAUCUUACAAUCUAUCAAUCACCAUCAUCAUCAUCAUCUCGCCUCAGUCCAACUGUCUCGUCAACUUCAGAUCAAAGACUUUCAACAAUCAGUCAAAAUGUGUACUCGUCAGAUCAUCAUUUACAGCUGCGGCCACAGCCGUGAUAUGGGCGUCGUGCUUUGCGGCAGUCCCUCAACCUGCGGCGGUCCUCGAGUCAAGGAGAAUGACUACGCGGGUCAAUGCGAAGCCCACUGAGCAUCACAGGUACUGUACACUAUGACGAGAAUGAGACUGCAAGAACUUGGCAUGAGGCACGGGCUAAAAUGAAGAAGAAAAAAGGAGAGAGAAGGAUCAUGAAUUGGUUC